AAAUACACGACAACAACAACAACAAAACAACCCUUUCGUCCGGUCGUGCAAUUUAAUUCGUUUAUUCCUAACGAGAAGCAGCCGGCGAAUUCCCAAAGAUCACACGCGUUAUUUUAGUUCUUAUUCAUCCUCCAAAGGGGGAAGGUCCUUUGCUUGCCGUGGCUGCUGCUCCCGUCAGCAUUGGUCAGUGGAAGCGCUGCUCCGCCGAACUCGAGUCGCGGCUUCAUCCUCGCCAUCGUCAUUGUUCCCCUCUCUCUCUCUGCCAGCGCAGCGCACGCGGGAUUCCUCACGCAUUCGCCUUGCGCCUGCCGCAGGGCGACAUCGCGACAACGCGCGGGGGGCUGGCUGGCUGGCUGGCUGAUUGCAACCGCUGCUCCUCCUCUUGAAUUCUGCUUGUGGCUGUGCGCGCGCCUCCUCCUCCUCCUGUUCCUCCUCCUCCUCCUGUUCCUCCUGCUGCUGCUGCUAUUGUGGAGCAGGCGUAGCCGGGUGAUGCCGAGUCACCCGUUCAAGCUGCGCCGCACAACAGAAGAGGAACGACGGGAGGGAGGAGGAGGAGGAGAAGACGAUAGUUCGGGAUCAUGGGAAGCAGGCGCGCUGCGCUUCCCAGCCAAGCCGUGGUGGCAAGAUUCUCCCUAUUCCUUCAGCUGAUGGAGGAGAUGGUGGUCGUGGUGAUGAUGAUGCUUGUCCUCUCCCUGGCCUGUGUUUGUGGAGAGACCAGCAAAGCUGCUUCGCUCGGAGUGGAAGAGACCCGCGGUGUGCUGCACACCUUACGUGGGGGAAUUGGAAGUCACCUGAGCCAAAUUCACAAAUAUGAAAUAACAACUCCUGUCAGGAUGCAUGCAGAUGGGUCCAAGAGCUUAGUUCAACGUGCCGAGACAUACCCUCGGGAGGCCUCGUUCCGGCUCAGAGUGGAAGGGAAAAGCCUUCUUCUAAAUGUGGAACGGAAUUCUGAACUGUUUACAAGACAUUAUACAGAGACCCAUUACUCUGACAAUGGAACCCUCAUAGAAGAAUCGCCAAAUUACGCGGACCACUGCUACUACCACGGCCACGUCGACGGGCACGCGGACUCCGCCGUCUCCCUCAGCACGUGCUCUGGGCUCAGGGGGUUCGUGACGCUGGGGCAGGUGACCUACGCAAUCGAGCCGCUGGAAGGAGCUGGCGACGGGCGCCACCGCAUCUACCGCGCCGACCUCUUGCUCGCCCACGGGAGGACGUGCGGGCACGACCUCCUGAACGAGACGCACGCGCGCCACGAGCUCCCCGUCCUGCCGCCGGUCGACUCUCACGGCCACGCCAGGCUCAAAAGAAGUGCUUUGAAGAACAUGAAGUACGUGGAACUUAUCAUUGUGGCAGAUAAUGCCAAGUACAAUCGUGAAAACAAAGAUCUUACAAGGACCAAGCAGCGGAUGAUAGAUGUGGCCAAUCAUGUGGACAAGUAUUACCGCUCGCUGAACAUUCGGAUUGCGCUGGUUGGAGUGGAGGUGUGGACAGAUAGCGACAAGAGUGCGGUGACUGUCGAUGCGAGUUCCACGCUCUACGAAUUUCUCGACUGGCGCAAGAAGCAGCUGCUCACUCGCAAGAAGCACGACAAUGCGCAGCUCGUGACAGGAAUUUCCUUUCAAGGCACCACCAUUGGGAUGGCCCCUCUCAUGAGCAUGUGCAGUGCCGAGCAGUCGGGUGGAGUAAACAUGGACCACGCGGUGAACCCUGUGGGACUGGCGGCCACCAUGGCCCACGAGAUGGGCCACAACUUCGGCAUGAACCACGACACGCCAGAGCGCAAGUGCCACUGCCAAGCCAACUCGGAGCAGGGCGGCUGCAUCAUGGCACCAUCAACCGGGCAUCCAUUCCCGAGCAAGUUCAGCAGCUGCAGCACCCGAGACCUGGACAGCAGCCUGUCUAAGGGAGGCGGCAUGUGUCUCUACAACAUGCCGGACGUCCGGGACCUUUACGGAGGAAAGCGCUGCGGGAACGGCUACGUGGAAGAUGGUGAACAGUGUGAUUGUGGCGAGAUUGAGGAGUGUGAUAAUCCCUGUUGCAAUGCUAAUAACUGCACCCUGAGGGCCGGCGCUGAAUGUGCACACGGAAUGUGCUGUCAAGAUUGCCAGCUGAAGCCAUCCGGGACCCGGUGUCGUGACCCCACCAACACCUGUGACCUGCCCGAGUACUGCAAUGGAGGGUCGCCCCACUGUCCACCCAACGUGUACCUGCUGGACGGUUACCCGUGCCAUGGCAAGGAGGCAUAUUGCUACAACGGCAUGUGCCUCACCCACGAGCAACAGUGUGUCACACUGUGGGGUUCAGGCUCAAAACCUGCUCCAGAAAUAUGCUUUGCCAACGUGAACUCAGCCGGAGACCAGUACGGGAACUGUGGGAAGGACUCCAAGGCCGUCUACAUGAAAUGCAAGGCCAGCGACGUGAAGUGUGGAAAAAUCCAGUGCCAGGGCGGCUCGGCAAGACCCGUCAUCGGCACCAACGCCGUCAGCAUCGACACCAACAUCGCCGUGCCGGGCGGCGGCACGGUGCUAUGCCGCGGCACGCACGUUUACCUGGGGGACGACAUGCUCGACCCGGGCUUGGUUCUUACCGGCACCAAGUGCGGCGAGGGCAAGAUUUGCUACAACAGGCAUUGCCAGAAUGUGUCGAUUUUAAAAACGGGCAACUGUGACACCAAAUGCAAUGGUCACGGGGUUUGUAAUAGCAACCGGAACUGUCACUGUGAUGGGCAGUGGGCACCUCCUGCAUGCGAGCAGCCUGGUCACGGUGGAAGCAUCGACAGUGGACCCAUCCGACCCUCUCGCGAAUGUGAGCUGAUGGUGGCUCUCAUGGUCACCUUCUUUCUCAUCUUGCCCUCCCUGGGGCUCGCCAUGUACAUCUGUUACCGCAAACGGACCACGUUAUGGCAGCAGUACCAAACCCGCAAAGAGCACUUCUUUCAUAUGUGCAGGGAGGGGAGAGGUCGUUCUGGCAAGGAUGGAGGGCAAGCCAAUCCCGGCUAUGAAAACCAGGUGGCUGCAAGCAAACGAACACACAUGGUGACCGUUCACCAUGAGGACAUUCAGAUGCUUGAGAACAAUCCCAGAACGUGUCCGCCGGCUUUAAGGGGGCCUCUGCCCUUGAGCGGGCAGGCCAAAAAGCAAGCGUCGAACGCUCCUCCAAGGCCACAGGGUCCGGGAGGGCCUCCUCGGCCCUGCGUACCUCUCGCGAAGACGGGUAACCAUCAUCAGGCAGUUGCGUCUCCUGCAGUGCCGAGGCCACCAGCAAAGCCACUGCCAUCUGGGCCUCAGACCAGACUGGUGGAGGUCACGCAGAGCUCACCCAAGCCACUGCCUCCAAGGAAACCUCUGCCAGUACACCCAUGCCGGUCCCCCGUGCCCGCAGCCCAGGCCAAGAACCUGAGUCCCAACAUGGCUGCGCUGGCUGCUCGCUUUUCACCAGCGGCGGAGGCUCGGCCCGUCAGGCCGGCUCCAGGAAAACCCGAGAAGGCCAAGUCUCCGAAACCCAAUGUGCCACCUUACUUGAUUCGUAAAUAGCAAGAAACCACAGUCCGGCAGUAAAACAGAUCCAAUACGAUUUGCACUAUUUAAAAAAGUUCCACAAGGACUUGUGAAUAUAAACAUUUCUUGUUUUGAUUUGUUUUUUUAUAUAUAUACGGUUUCUCGCAUUCUAAUCAUUGAGAUCCUGUGAAUGACGUGAUACGGUAAUGGUGACCGUGCACUUCGGAAGUGCCAAGUUAUGGCACUCAUCAACAUGUCUACUUCAACGCAUUGUCAACGGAGUGCUACGAUGUUUUUUUAUUUGAUUAAUUUCCUGAUAUUUUGUAUUAUGUUGGGUUUUUUUUUUACUCAGGUACUAUGGUAUAUCGCAUAUACAGUACACUUUUUAUUUACAAGAUUGCACAAUAAUACUAUCUUUAAUAGACAUUCAAUUUUUUUUUUCAAGAAUGUCUUGCAUUUGCUUUUGUUUAAGCUGCAGUGAAUUUUGUUUUUAUAUUAUUUCAUAUUUUUUAAGAAAAAAUAAUAAUGGCCCUAAUUAAUGUGUUGGUAAAAUUGCUUGCACCCUUGUGUUUCCUUAAUGGUAAAAUCUAAUGGCACCGAAAGCAGUUGUACACAUUAAAUUGUUGUUCUAUGGUGUCACGGGUAGGUUCAAUUACAUCCUGCAAUUACUGUAUAUCAUGUGCACCAAGUAAAAAAAAAAGAUCCAAUUUAGUGGUAUAUAUAUUUUUAUUUGGUAAGGGUGAAAUUGUACAUUUACAAUAAUUUUAAUACAAUUGUACAUUAUGUGCAUUUAUACAUACUCUUUUUAGUGGUGCCCCCAUACUGCUGCAGCGAUAGGAAUCUGUAAUAAUUACCACUGCACAUUUUUAAACCGACUUAAUCGUUUACUCAACGUUGUUUCUUGCUUUUUUUAAUACACACAACUGUCAGUUUUACAAUUUUGAUUUGAUUUGAUUAUUUGAUUAACAUUGCAGUCUUGUCAUUUAGUCACAGCCUGCACUAAAUAUUUUAUGAGAACUGGGAGGCUGUAUUUUAAAUUAAAAAUGUAAACCAAAGUGUCCUGAUAUGAUUGUUUGAAUCGUUGAAUCUGAACAUCAAAAAUAAAGUAGAUAGUGUUUUUUAAUACAAUGCAAAUCUUCUGACUGCUUAUAAGAAUGUGCCUUGAAGCUAAACUGCUGCAUAUUCAUCAGUUCACUGAGUAUGGAACAACAACAACAAUGGUGCUGGCGAACAGUGGAAC